CAAGCAACUCAAUCCGCACUCAGUUUUGGUGGAGUGAUCACAGGAUUAAUCGUAUCUGAUUGAAACUAUCGGUGAAGAGUGGUGUUUGUGGUGUUUGAUUAUAAGGGGGAGUUGUGUGAAAGCUUUGCAAACAAAGAGACGAAAAAAUCGUCAUUGAAUCGAUUUCUUACCAUCAGUUUCCACAAUGGCUAGCAGUGGCAGUAACUCAAAAUCUUCUAUGGUCAAUGGAACAAAACAGUUUGCCCUGUUACCAAAAAUCAUUAAUGGUGGUAUUGCCGGCAUAAUUGGUGUUUCGUGCGUUUUUCCCUUGGAUCUUGUGAAGACUCGCCUACAAAAUCAACAAGUUGGACCUAAUGGAGAAAAAAUGUACAAUUCUAUGCUUGACUGUUUUAAGAAAACCUAUCGUGCGGAGGGAUAUUUUGGUAUGUACCGUGGUUCAGCAGUAAAUAUAUUGCUAAUUACCCCUGAAAAGGCUAUAAAAUUAGCAGCAAACGACUUCUUCCGACACCAUUUAACUACAUCCAAUGGCACCCUGCCAAUUACUCGCCAGAUGGCUGCAGGUGGGUUAGCUGGAUUGUGUCAAAUUGUAAUAACAACUCCUAUGGAACUCCUGAAAAUUCAAAUGCAAGAUGCCGGUCGUGUGGCUGCACAGGCCAAAGCUAUAGGUAAAACUAUUCCGAAGGUAUCCGCUACUUCCAUAGCGAUGGAACUGAUCCGUACGAAAGGAAUAACAGGAUUGUAUAAAGGAACUGGUGCAACAAUGCUACGCGACGUUUCAUUUUCAAUUGUGUAUUUUCCAUUAUUUGCCACUCUUAACUCACUCGGUCCGCGUCGGGAUGACGGCAGUAAUGAAGCUGUUUUCUGGUGUUCAUUUUUGAGCGGCUGUGCCGCCGGUUCGAUGGCAGCUCUAGCUGUAAAUCCAUUUGAUGUUGUGAAAACGCGUCUACAAGCUUUAAAAAAGGUUGAAGGCGAAAUGCAAUUCAAUGGUGUUGCCGAUUGUAUUGGAAAAACUCUAAAAUACGAAGGUGUGACUGCAUUCUUCAAAGGAGGAUUGUGUCGUAUGAUUGUCAUUGCACCUCUGUUUGGUAUAGCGCAAAUGGUAUAUUUCCUAGGUGUUGCCGAAGCCCUACUUGGCGUUAAAUCCGGUAAUAAGUAAAGCUGUUUCUAACGUCAUGUAUUUUUUUUUGCUGUGGAUCAGUUUGUUUCAACUAGAUGCAAUACUCAAAGUUUUUGUUAAUAUCCCAGAAUCAGAACAUUGAAUGCCUCACAACGACACUAUUGUCAAGCCGAUUAAUACCGAAUAACGUUUCUGUGUCCGUUUCGAUAUUCCCACAUGUAUUUUGAAUUGUGUUUUUAAAUGAGUUUGUUUUCAUUGUGUAAUUAUUUACUCGAUUUUGUUGUAUAGCAUUAACUUUGGUAGAAUUUUCGUUUUAAAAUUGUUUGCGUAUGACUUCUGUUUUGCAGUGGGCAUGAGAAACUAUGUAAUUACGUAUAUGAUAUGUUUGGACAGUGUUGUUCGUAUGAAUAACUAAUGUUGUUGUUGGGGUUUGACUACAUGUGCAUAUCCAGCUUAAAAAGAAAAUUCAGAAAAGCUGUAAGAUAACUCUUUGCAAAUUCAAUGCUUAUGGAAAGCCAGGAGGAGGGAAGGAGGUGAUGAUAUAUUAGAAAAGAGCGGUAAAGUUUCAUAAAAGCUUAUGAAUGUGUUCAAUAUACAAUCUCAUGAUUUGGAUUCUUUAUGUGGGUAUUUCAUUUACAUGAACCAAAAGUAUUAGAAACAUGCAUUUUGGCCGAUUGAUAAUAUCCUCAACAUAUAAUGUGGUUGUAUAAAUAUUAUCUUAGCGGAUUCCCGAGUAACGAGUGCUAACAUCCAAUGAAUGAUUUAAAGAUUGAAGGAUUUGAUACAUGAAACUAACUGUGAAAAGAAGCAUGAUUUCCGCGAGCCUCACAAAAAAAUAACUUUGACACCCCUUUGGUUAAAUCAAGUCGAGUAAACCGUAAAGUUUUUGAUUGCAUGUAUCCUGAAGCAUUGAUCAAUAACAUAAUAUGGCUACAAUGUAUAACAACGGCAAAUUUUUAAAGAGUUGCAUAAAAAUAUGUAAGGUUGUACUCUUAUUAAUAUUGAUAUUUUAAAAUAUUUUUAAUGUCUCGUACAAAGCCUUCACCUACAUAUUGUUUCCUAAGAAAAGUGAAGAGUAUGCUAGAAGCAGACAGAAUGCUUAAAUGAAACUGAUGACAAUAACGAGAAAUAGAACUGUGUGUAUGAUUCAGCGAUGUAUCUGGAUGUCAUGAAAUAGCAAGAACUAACUACAAUAUGGUAUGUAGUAUGACGCAUCAUAAGAAUUUCAAUUAUAUGUAACUAUAAUCAAUUAAAUACCAAUACUGCUUAAAAGCAUGGUAAAACUA